AUGUGCAUGCCCCUAAAGCGGAGUUCUGAAUGUGAGAGAUUGUGUGAAGCGCUUGGCACACAGGCUUUAAACAACCCGCGGCCCACUGCCGCCCGGACUGCUGUAAGCAGGCCCGUAGAGACCCGGUCCGGGCCUGGGUAUUUUCCAAGGCCGCUCCCGCGGGAGUUCUCACGAGAGCCAGGGAGCAGCGCCGGGGGCGCGUCCGGGCGGCCACGUGGCGAGGAGGCCCCGCCCCGCGCCUCUGACGCGGCACGUUCCGCCGCAGGUACGCAGGCCGCCGCGGUGGCGGGCCUGGGGCGGGGCCGGGAGCCGAGGAGCCCGCGCGGCCCGGCGCUGCGCGGAUGGCCGGCUCCGCGGCCCGCGCUCCCGCUCCUGCUGGCGCUGCUGGCCGCCGCCGUGGGGUGCCAGGAGCAGGCCCAGACGCCCGACUGGAGGGCCACGCUGAAGACCAUCCGCAACGGCGUGCACAAGAUAGACACGUACCUGAACGCCGCCCUGGACCUCCUGGGAGGCGAGGACGGGCUCUGCCAGUACAAGUGCAGCGACGGAUCUAAGCCUUUCCCACGUUAUGGUUAUAAACCCUCCCCGCCGAAUGGAUGUGGCUCUCCACUGUUUGGUGUUCAUCUGAACAUCGGUAUCCCUUCCCUGACAAAGUGCUGCAACCAACACGACAGGUGCUAUGAGACCUGUGGCAAAAGCAAGAAUGACUGUGAUGAGGAGUUCCAGUAUUGCCUGUCCAAGAUCUGCCGGGACGUGCAGAAAACUCUGGGACUAGCUCAGCACGUUCAGGCAUGUGAAACAGCGGUGGAGCUGCUGUUCGACAGCGUCAUACAUUUAGGCUGCAAACCGUACCUGGACGGCCAGCGAGCCGCGUGCAGGUGUCGGCACGAAGAAAAGACUGAUCUUUAGGGUACUGACAGCUGACGGAGAAGGAUGGAAGAACAUAACCUUUGACAAAGAACUAAUGUUUUUACAGGAUAAAGCUAUCUUAUUUUGUGAGAAGACUAAGUCCUUACAAGAGUUUAUAUUUUGAUGUUAAAACCCUAAAGGGAAACGACAGGGGAAGCAGCGAGGAGGGCACGUCCGCCUGCUCUUCCUGGCGGUGGUGCUUGCUGGGCCACGCUGUCCAGACAAGGGUGUGAUAAGGGAAGAACUUUUAAAAAGAAGAAUAUAUUACUUAAUUUUCACAACUAUAUUUACAAAAAA